CUCGCUCAUAAAAUGCGUAUUUGAGGUUUUCAAACGAUGAUAAGCAAAUUGUGAAAACAUCAUCCAUAAUUGGCUCGGUGCCACGGGAGAUAAUGUUCACAUUUUGAAAAAGCAAUCUAAAUUUUUAAGCAAAUUCUAGAACGAUAUUUAAUUUUAUAGCUAAGACAAAAAAAGGCUAGCUUUGAUGCAGCUAUGAUAAUUGAAGCUUUGUUUGAAGAGCUUGGUCAUCACAAGCAUAGAAUACACUCAAAGAGAGUUUGCCAGCCUGGCCUGAAUAGCUGUGACGUGGACCUCAGUAGGAGCGAGAGAAGUGGGAAUCCUCUAGAUGACCCGAUUGGAAAGUUGUCUGAUGUCAUCACGAACACAUGUGAUGGCAUCCAAAAUCCUCUGGACCCAAGAAGGUUCGCGCUCGUCCAAUCUCGGUCGUGGUUGUUGACGUCGGGCUUCUCUCACCGCGGCUUGACUCACCUCUUCCCUUGCAUUGCUCGGUCCCUCUCUGGCAUUGCUAGGUCCAGCUCCAGCAUGGCUUCGCAUGGCCUCAGUCACAGCUUGGCUCUCAUGGAUUCUUUCUUCUUUCUCAAUCACUCGGCGUUGAUGCAUUUCACUCUCGUUUCGGAAACCGACACGGGUGAACUUCGACUCUUAGAUGAAGCACAUCUUCUUCACCGGAACCCUUAUGUCUCGUAAAAAGUCCACUCUCGGAUGAAGAAGGAUAAACAUGAUCGAAACAGUGAAACGAAGGUGAUGGAUCGAGAGCCAUCACGCACAGCAAUGAGAAAGAAGUGGACCCAAUCAAAAUUGACGUCAUUC